AUGAUAUACAGUGACCACACCAGAGAAACCUGCAUAAAGGCACAAGGAUACAUCAGUGACCCUCCUAUCCCACCUAGUUGGAAGGACGCACAACUCCAGACCGGCAGCAAACCAGAAGCCACGAACAGUCGACACUCCGGUCGUGUGCCGGUGUGUCAUGCAACCUGUUCACGAGUGGGACUGAGUGAGGAAAGUGCAGGUCAGAGGGGUUCAUCUUCUCAAAGCCGGAAUGGGGUCAGUGGGGUAAGAAGAGGAAGCAGACAAGAAGACAAGCGAUGUCGGGUACCCCCACCAGAAGCUAUUUCCCCUCCUUCUAUGGGAUUGGACUCUACACUUCAGAUUAUUGUUCAGCACCUUGACAUUCUCACACAGAUUGUUUCAGAGCUGGAGGAACGCCUCACCCUCACUGAGGACAAGCUGAAGGAGUGUCUCGUGCACCAAUCCCGGAUUCUCAUGGAACUAAGAACUGCAACAGACAGGGAAAGGAAGGAGAGCAAAGACAGACCUCCACCUGCCUGCUGGACUUAAGGUUGAUGUCAGGCUCCUUCAGACUGUAAUGCAGACACAGACCAAAUCACACAAAUUCCAGAAACUGCCGCUUUAUGAGAAUGUGAUUGUGCACCUCUGAAUUUGUAUCUUUGUUUAUUGCUGUGGUCUGCCUCAGGGGUCAGUGUCUCAGUCAGGUCUUUGGUGUGGUCACAGUGAGUUUGUGCUGGUUGUGUUUCUUCCACGUCUGUCUGCACCUCUGAAGGACAUCCAGCUGUAAAGACAGUGAAGUUGUGUGUUGAUGGGGGAAACAUCAGCUGCAGCU